AUGAUAGAUGUCUACCUGAUGGUUCACCAUCACAGGACUACAAUCUUCACUGAGGCCAAAGAGACAACAACUGUGCAUGAGUUGAAAAAGGUGGUAGAGGGAAUACUGAAAAGGCCACUGGAGGAGCAGCGGCUCUACAAAGAUGACCAGCUGCUGGAUGAUGAUCAUAGGACUUUACUAGACUGUGGCUUAAGCAGCCGAAGCUGCCAUCCUCAUGUUCCUGCCACAGUAGGCUUGGCUUUAUUCAGACCUAGCAAUGGCACCUUUGAACCAUUGUGUAUUGACCCCUUCUCAAGCACCUCAGAGCUACCUGAUGUUAAGAAGUCACAGGUGUGUGGUAGCAGCUCUAGGGAGCAAACCUUGUGUUAA